AUGGUGGAGAGCGUGCAUUUUAAAUUAACCACCAUGGACAACACAACUGCCACCGGCACACCUUGGAGCAUCGACCCGACUUUUGACUCAACUUCUCCGGGCUUAAAAUCUAGUACUGUGGCGCCCACAAUCUUCCCACGGUCAGGCUACAGCAUCAUCUCCUAUCUUAUGUUCAUCAAUGCAAUUUUCUCGGUUUUUAACAAUACUCUGGUAAUAACCGUGUUGGUGAAGAAUCGUACUCUCCUCACCCCGAUGAAUGUGAUCAUCCUCAGUCUAGCCGUGUCAGAUUUGAUGAUAGCCUUGUGCGGUUCAUCGAUAGUCACCAUCACCAACUAUCAUGGUUCAUUCUUUCUCGGCGACGAGUUCUGCAUCUUUCAAGGAUUUGCUGUCAACUAUUUCGGUAAAUAACAUUUUAAUAGUAUGUCUUUGAAUCAUGUGGACUGAACUCAAACUUUUCAUAGACCUAUUUUUGGUUGUAGCCUAAAAGUGUUGAAAAAAUAGUAUAAUUUGAUAAAGUUAACUCAAUGCGUUAAAUUGGGUUUGGGGGGUGGGGGGGGGGGGGGUUAUUCAGAUCUGUGGUUUUGUGGUUGUGAAGCCAGGGUCCAUAUUCAGAAAGCAUCUCAGAGUAGAAGUGCUGAUGAUCUAAGAUCAGCUUUGCCUUUUAGAUCAUAAUGAAUAAGAUUACAUGAACAGGACCUAGAUCUGAUCCUAGAUCAGUACUCCUACUCUCAGACACUUUAUGAACACACUGCCCCCUGGUCUCCUCUCCCUCAGGUCUGGUGUCUAUGUGCACUUUGACACUGCUGGCGUACGAGCGCUACAACGUGGUGUGUAAGCCCAUGGCAGGCUUCAAGAUGAAUGUGCGUCGGAGCUUCCAAGGGCUCCUGGGGGUCUGGCUGUUCUGUUUGUUUUGGGCCGUUCCCCCACUGCUGGGCUGGAGCUCCUACGGCCCCGAGGGCAUCCAGACCUCCUGCUCUCUGGGCUGGGAGGAGAGGCCAGUAUAA